AUGCCCCGCGGCCGCGGCAGAAGCGUGAACUUUGACCGCGGCCUUCGGCGCCCAAAUGAUCUUUCGACGGCGCUGAAAGCAUGCUCCUUGGGCGUUGUAAGCUGCCUCGGGCGAUGCUGGGAGCUUUGGUCACCUCGAUCCUUUGCGACGCCCGCAGCUCCGACGAUCUCCAGAGAGGAGUUUCACUCCAAACAUUUGCGGGCAUGGACCUCGAAGCGCAAGGAGUUCGAGAUCCUGUUGGCCAGGCUGCAACAUCCACGCGUUCGUGAUGUCGUGUGGUCAGUGUUGGCACCAGGUCUUUGUUGCGAUGCCGACGUAGAGUGCGGCCGUGAAGUGUUCACUGAUGGCGCGAUGGAGGAUCUGCUUGGAGACGUGUCGCAGGACCUGCUGGCUCUGGAUGAGGAUCCCGAGCCGCUCAUCGCCUGGCUCGGCUCCCAUGGCCGAUCUGGGACGCGCUUCGUCGGCCACUACUACGAGUCUCUUAUGCACUUUGCCUUUGCGGAGUUGGCCAAAGUGCCUGUGGCACUGUACAGUGAGCCCAUACCGAAGGAGAAGAAGCGGUCCAAUGAGAGCACAGCGGGCGCACCCGGUGCCAUCGUGAGGCGCUUCAAGCCUCCGCUGAAAAGCUCGUGGGAUGUGGAUUUCUUCUGCAGCGUCCACGAAGCAGCUUUUCUUCAAGGUGGCCAGCUCCGAAUCAGCUUCAAGGUCAAGCGCGGUCGGUCCAGAGCUCUGCCUUUGCCAGAUCAUGCUACCCUGACCUCCAACGGUGGUCUUCACAAAGCAGUACAUUGCUACAGCCCGAGAGCACCUCCAGACAGCGGCAUGAUGGACGGAGAGGUAUUCUUCGAGGACGUUCCAGUUUCCGAUGACUUGGAGUUCACUUAUGCUCCGGGCUUCUCGGCCGUCCCACUGCGGCCAACGAAGACACGGGAGCCAAUCCAGGGCGAGGUCGACUACAUCCUGCAGCCGGAUUUGAGUUCACCACGGUUUUUGCAUCUCGAAGUUGCGGUCAAGUUCUACCUGGCAUCAAAAGAAGAGGUUGCAACAUGGGAUGACUUCAUCGCACCCAACCCACGAGAUAUCUUGGGGUUGAAGUUGCGCCACAUGCUUUCACACCAACUCAAGAUGGGGCAGACGGACCACAUCCGAAAUCUCCUUGCAGCUCGCACGGCUGCUGCUGGUCAGAGUGUGUCCGAGGGAGCAGCGCGGUUAGGGCGCAAGCGCACGACCCAGAGCCGCCUCUGGAUGAAUGGUCGGCUCUUUUUGGCCGUCACAGAGCCAUUGGAUGAAUCCAGCGAACGUCAAGAAAGCUGGCAUUCGCAGAUCCCCAUGCUCAGUCCGAAUCUUGAGGUUGGAUGGUGGUGCCGCUUUCGGGAUCUCGAUCGGGUUCUGCCGGCAGCUUUCCGGUAUCUGGUCUUGAAGAAGCCCUACUGGCUUGCGCCACUACGGGGUUCCGGAGUGAGGCAUGUGGAUCACGGCCGGCUGCGGACCCGCAGUGAGCUUCUGAAAGAAGCGAAGGCAUGGAAUCGCUUCCAGUACGUCGCUGUGUUGUCUGCAGAUGCAAGCAGCUUCGAGGAGCUCUGCCGAGGCUUCGUGGUCCCGGACACGUGGCCGGAAACUAAGCGAGAGAGAAGGCCGAGGAGUCCUGCGAGCUCGCCAUCUAGCGCAGCCGGAAGCAGUCAAGAUCGAGAUCCAGCUUGA